AUGUCCUCCUGGAGUAACUCAAUACAACAUGCUCCUGGCCUCGUGCCAAUAUCAACGGACACCGCAAGUUUCCAUUAUUUCGCAGUUCUCGUCGGAUUAGGUCCCCAUCUUUCUGUCCGGUUAACUUUCACUCAUAAAGAGUUCAGCGACAACCACUGGCCAUCUUUAUCUCGCUCAGCUAGAGACGAUACCACCACUAUCAUCGCUGAUCGCCGUGGUUCAAAGUUACCCGAUGUGACUGCCGCCUUUCUUACUCGGCCAUCUAGCGUAUCAUCCUCGACGUCCUCAUCACCAACGUCCCCUCCUCCACCUUAUGAAGCGAUUCAUUUCCUAUCUCAACCGGUUUCGCAAUGCAUUCCAGGUUUUGUCCCAACGCCGUCUGCCAACGGCGGACCGCCUCGUCGUCGUGAAAACUCUGCGCUAUCCAUGACACGAUACAAUGUCGACCACUCGCUCUCAGGAGGAAGUUCAACUUCGGGUGUGUCCAUCCCUCAUUUGAGGGAGGCACUAGACUCCCUGGAUACUCAGAUGGCAUCCUUGCUCAACCAGCGCCAGGAGCUAGAGUCGCACCUGGAUCAAGUUGUUCGAUCCCAAUCUCCUAUCCAUCGAAUUCCAGAAGAACUCCUUUCGUCGAUAUUCGUUGCAGGAGUGUGUAAUAUAGGAGAGGAUGACCCACUAUUGGUAGCGACCUUAAUGUUGGUCUGCCGAUAUUGGAGGGACGUCGCCAUCGACACCCCAGAACUGUGGGCGGAUAUCUGCGUGAGUCCGCACGACUCCCUUGAAAAAGCGCAUCGCAAGCUCGCACGUUCAAAAUCGGUACCUCUUGAUAUCACGAUCAACUUCACUCCUCGAGUUGACAAUUCGAGCGGCGCCAUGGAGAGUAUUAUUCAUGCGAUGGAUCUUAUCCGUCCUGCGCUUUGGCGAGCAAGGUCCUUUCGCCUCAGUGUUCCCAACAAACCACAGGCACAUGCUGCCCUUCUGCGCUGUAAAGAAGAAGCUCCCUAUUUGGAAAGUCUCUGUAUCCGCGUAUUCCAUUCUAUGCAGGAAGAUCAAUACUCCAGCCCCUGCCUUCCGCUUUUUAAGGGGCACACUCCCCGCCUUCGUUCGUGCUCUUUCACGUCCUUUAAUUUCAAUUGGGACAGGAGAGUUGUAUCAAACCUGCGCGUGCUCCAACUAGGGGGCUACUGGAACGGGUCUUCACCAUCUGUCGACACCUUGCUAGAUAUUCUGCGAGGCUGUCCAGGUCUCGAAGAACUUGCAUUGCGCAACAUGUCGGACGUGGAUCCUGAAACUUGUGUUUCUCUCGAACAUGAGUUUAUGUCUACGAAGGUUGUGAAACUCCCAAGGCUUACCAAGGCAUCGUUCUAUUACGCAGGCAUCAUGCGCACGCGGAUGCUUCUUAGUCAAAUAUCGUUCCCUGCGCUUGAGUCACUCGACUUCUGCUACCUCGACAACCUCACACCAGUUUUGGAGCACCUUCGACAGCAAUCUCUUACUUCCCUUCCACUGAAGUAUCUUCGUAUUGAGUCAAGUUUUUUGAACGAACCGAAGUUUAUAAUACUACUUCGGCGACUAACAUCAUUGGUUACUCUGGAGUUGGUGGAUGUGGAAGAUAUCACAUGCUUCUUGUUGAAGAAUCUUUCCUCGCCGCCUGUGGCCCAUCCUUGGGUGUGCCCCAAGCUAGACCGUCUCAACCUUGACGGGUGCACUGCACUCGAGUGGGAUGCUCUACGAGGACUUGUGGAAUCUCGCCUCUCUGGUCGUCCACCUCAACUCUCUUCUGCUUCGACUGCAGUAGCUUCGCGCUCAUCCUUCGUAUCCACCGCGUCUGCUUCUGCCCAUAUCCACGCCUUGUCCCUAAGCCGUUCUGCGACGCCCACAAUGCAGCCUCGUCGUCUAUCGUCGAUUGAUGUUACACGCUGCCAUCAGAUCAGCAAAGAGAUGGUGCAGUGGCUCAAGAUGUACGUCCGCGAUGUUCGCUGUGAGCCAGCAAAGGGGAUAUGGGGAGAGUCUAUACUACCCUAG